AUGUGCAGGCACCAAGGGAAGUUUGAUCUUUCUGGUGUUUCCAUGGAAGGGGAUGUUGUCUUGAAUGGCUUAUUUCCUAUUCAUUUUACGAUAAUUCAACCCAAUGUCUCCUUCAGGUCUGAACCAGAACAACCAUUCUGCCAUGGUUUUAAUUCUAGGUCCUUUCGCUGGAUGCAGACAAUGCUCUUUACAUUGCAAGAAAUAAACAAAGACCCGUCCCUCCUGCCAAACAUAACAUUGGGCUAUAAUAUUUACGACACGUGCACUACUCCAGUUCAUUCACUGAGAGCAGCAUUGACGUUAGCCAGUGAACCAAAUGAAGGUGUCUCCAAUUACAACUGCAAGGGAGCCUCAUCCAUUCCUGUGAUUGUUGGUGACUCUGGGUCAACCCAGUCUCUGGUCGUGGCAAACACAAUGAUGCCUUUCAAAGUCCCAAUGGUCAGCUAUUUCUCAUCCUGCACCUGCCUCGCCAACAGGGACAAAUUCCCAGCCUUCUUCAGGACCAUCCCGAGCGAUGCCUACCAGGCCCAAGGUGUGGCCCAGCUGGUGCAUCGGUUUGGUUGGACGUGGGUGGGAUCGGUGGCCAGCGAUGACGACUACGGCCGCAACGGCAUUCAGGCGUUCAGUGACGAAGUCAGAAGGCUGGGUGUUUGCAUUGCUUUCACUGAAGUCAUUCCAAAAGUGUACUCCAGGCAAAAGAUCCUUCAAAUCACAGAGGUGAUCAAAGCAUCGACUGCCAGGGUCAUCGUCAUGUUUGCCAUCGAGGGAGAUGCGUAUCCUUUAAUCAGAGAAAUUGUGAAGCAAAAUAUCACUGGAAGACAAUGGAUAGCAAGCGAGGCUGGGUCCACCUCUGCGUAGCGCAGCCAGAGAGAAUCUCCUCUCUCCCUGACUGGGACAAUAGGGUUCGCAAUUCGCAGAGAAUUAAACAGUACCUACAAUAUAUAUUCCGAUGUUUCAGAAUUAAGAAUUUCAUACAAUGUGUAUAAGGCAGUGUAUGCAAUAGCUCACGCCCUUCACAAUUUACAUGCCUGCAAAAGUAAUAGAGGCCCGUUUGACAAUCGGACAUGUGCAAAUAUCUUCAAUCUUCAACCGUGGCAGCUCUUACAUUACCUGAGGGGAGUGCGAUACACCAAUAAGCUUGGAGAAGAGAUUUACUUUGAUGAAAAUGGUGAUAUUAUGGCGACGUACGACAUUGUGAACUGGCAGAGAAAUGAAGAUGGCUCAGUCAAAUUUGUACAGAUUGGACGUUUUGAUGCUGCUUCAGGCACAGGCCGUGAUCUCGAACUAAAUGAAAAGGCUAUCGCUCCAGAGUCAUUCUGCAGUAAAAGUUGUCCCCCGGCAACAAGGAAAGUGACUCGGAGCGGAGAACAGAUCUGCUGCUUUGACUGCCUACCGUGUGCUGAUGGUGAGAUUAGCAAUGAAACAGAUUCUCUCAACUGUAUUCCGUGCGCACCGGAAGAUUGGCCCAACCCACUGAGGAAUGAGUGCAUCCCAAAACAUAUUGAGUUCCUCUCAUUUAAGGAUACCAUGGGGAUCACCCUGACAACUGUGUCCCUGCUGGGAACGGCCAGCACGGUGGGUGUCGCAGGAGUGGUCUGGUACUACAGGAGAACCCCCAUCGUCCGAGCCAACAACUCCGAGCUCAGCUUCCUGCUCCUCUUCUCGUUGGCGCUGUGUUUCCUGUGCUCGCUGACCUUCAUCGGGCAGCCCUCGGAAUGGUCCUGUGUGCUGAGGCACACGCUGUUUGGAGUCAGUUUUGUCCUCUGCAUCUCCUGCGUGCUGGCCAAGACCCUGGUGGUGCUGAUGGCGUUUAAAGCAACUCUCCCCGGCAACAACCUGAUGAAGUGGUUCGGGACCCUGCAGCAGAUCCUCAGUGUCCUGCUCUGCACAGCCGUCCAGGUGGUGACCUGCCUGGUGUGGCUGCUCCUGGCAGCCCCGUUCCCAGUGAAGCAGACCAAAUACUACAAGGACAAGAUUAUUUUUGAGUGUGAUUUAGGCUCGGUGACCGCGUUCUGCUGUGUACUGGGUUACAUCGGCUUCCUGGCGUGCAUCAGCUUUGUCCUUGCGUUUUUAGCUCGGAAGCUCCCCGACAACUUCAAUGAGGCGAAGCUCAUCACCUUCAGCAUGCUGAUCUUCUGCGUCGUGUGGCUGGCGUUUGUCCCGGCCUACGCCAGUUCCCCUGGGAAGUACGCCGUGGCAGUCGAGAUCUUUGCCAUCUUGGCCUCAAGCUUUGGCCUGCUCAUCUGCAUAUUUGUUCCCAAGUGUUACAUCAUCCUGUUAAAACCAGAGCAAAACACCAAGAGACAUCUUAUGGGCAGAAACUGUCCCAAAACAUCAAUUUAG